AUGCCCGUUAUCCCCGAUUCAUCCGAUUUUCCGUCGGCCUCGAAGAAGGGUUCCACCGAGUCCCAGACCAAGCCAGGAGAGCAACGGGAGAAAGCAUCGGCGAUAGACCAUCUCUCCAAGGGGCCUCAGAUUCCAGAUGAGAUGCCACCCAAGGCAUCUAGGGAAGAGAUUGAGGCCCGGAUGAAGGAACUGAACAACUCGAGUAGUCGACGCAUUACAUCACAAGUCACGUGGUCUCGCGACGGCUUCAACAGGUGCCUGACCCUUCUCUCAUCAACGCGUCAAGAAGGCCUCCUCAUGCCGCCGGAACGAACGAAUGUGCCGGUGAAGCUGUCUCUGCCACUGCAAUACCAGCAGGACAUCUUCACCGAACUACGCGCUGAGGAUGAGUUGGUCAUUCUUGCCCGUGGGUUGGGGCUUCUCCAUCUCAUAACGAAUCUACUUCACUUCUACGAUGCGGCGGGCAAUAAUCUGGUAUUAGUGGUCGGUGCGGAUGAGCGCGAAAAUGAGUGGAUUGGAGAAGCUUUGGCGGAGCAUUAUGCAACCAGCAAGUCUCCACUUGCACGGGGAUUAAAGGUCAUCAAUACGGAGAAAGCUACGGUGCCGAUGCGAGAACGAAUCUAUGCGGAAGGCGGUAUCCUGAGUGUGACAUCCAGGAUAUUAGUCGUGGAUUUGCUAUCGAAGCUCCUUGAUCCUGAAAAGGUCACGGGAAUGAUCAUUCUGCAUGCCGAUAAAGUAGUGGCGACCUCCCUAGAAGCAUUCAUAACUCGCAUCUAUCGGCAGUCAAAUAAGCGGGGAUUCUUGAAGGCGUUUUCAGACUCCCCCGAGCCAUUCACGACCGGAUUCGCACCACUGGCCAAUAUGUUGCGGAAUCUCUUCCUGCGAAAAGCUUCAUUGUGGCCAAGAUUCCAAGUCUCGGUGGCCGAGGCUUUGGAAGGUAAUCGCAAGGCAGAAGUGAUAGAACUGGAGGUUCCCAUGAGUGCCAAAAUGCGAGAAAUUCAAAACGCCGUUCUCGAAUGUGUUGAAAUUAGCAUUGCCGAGCUCCGAAAAUCUAACACGGGUUUAGACAUGGAGGAAUGGACCUUGGAUAGUGCCUUGCACAGGAACUUUGAUGUGUCGAUCCGACGGCAACUUGAUCCCAUCUGGCAUCGGGUCACCUUUAGGACGAGGCAGAUAGUCAGUGAUCUGACAGAUCUUCGAGGAAUUCUCCACGCUCUGCUUACCUACGAUGCGGUAUCCUUCAUGAAAUAUCUCGACACGAUUGUGUCAGCGCAUUCGCCACCUCCAGGUUCCAACAAACACAACUACUCUCCCUGGCUUUUCCUUGAUGCUGCCCACGUUCUUUUCCAAACAGCAAAGUCACGAGUCUACCAGGGCAAGAUGACUGACGAGAUGUCCCGUUCAUGGUCAUCAACCAACUUCUCGGCUGAGCUAAAGCCCGUUCUUGAGCCACUGCCAAAAUGGGAAGUUCUGGCCGAAGUUCUCGAGGAAAUAGAGCAGGAUACCUACUUGAACCCACCAAAGCCAACCGAGGAUUCAAACGGUACGAUAUUGAUCAUGUGCAGUGACCAACGCACCUGCCGUCAGCUUCGCGAAUAUGUGGGCACUAUGCAUGCUAAGGUCUCUCCUGGGUCAAGUGAAAAUAACGAGGAGAAAGAGGGGUUGAGUGAGGAGGUAUCGUCGGCAGAGGUGAUGAUGCGACGUCGACUACGUGAUUAUCUGAACUGGAAAAGAUCGCUAUCCAAUGUCAACAAAAACUUGUCUCAGCCUGGAGAAGGGGCAAAACCUGCGGAAUCGACAAGGCCAGGUCAGCAACAAGGCAGACCUCCUCCAAAUAAGCGUCGGCGAGUGCGUGGUGGAGGAGCAGUGAACUCUGCCUCUAGUCGUGUUCCGGACAGUAGUGUUCAGACACAGGUCGAGUUACCGGCUCAAGUUGUCAGUCUACUCGAGGAGAUCCAGCCCACCGAGGUCGAAGAAUUACAGAAGGAAGAGAUUGUUGUUGAUGACCUCGAAGAUAUGGAGGAUUACUACGAACUAUACGAGAUGAAUGAUCUGGUCAUGAUACACCCAUACGAUGGCGACAUGGAUGAGCAUAUCCUGGAGGAGGUUCGGCCGCGGUACAUCAUCAUGUAUGAGCCGGAUGCCGCGUUUAUUCGCCGGGUGGAAGUCUACCGAAGCUCCCAUGUGGGCAGAGUUGUGAAGGUUUAUUUCCUCUCCUAUGAGGGAUCUGUUGAGGAGCAGCGAUACUUAAGUGCCGUGCGGCGGGAAAAAGAUGCAUUCUCGAAGUUGAUCAGGGAAAAAGGAAAUAUGGCGGUUACUUUGACGCAUGACAAGAGUGCUGAAGACCCACAAGAGCAAUUCCUACGCACGGUCAAUACUCGAAUUGCGGGAGGUGGAAGGCUGGCGGCGACGGCAGCUCCUCCUCGGGUGGUAGUCGACGUACGCGAGUUUCGCAGUGCCCUGCCAUCUCUUCUUCAUGGCAACAAUAUGAUCGUUAUUCCCUGCCAAUUGACCGUUGGAGACUACAUCCUCACGCCAGAUAUCUGCGUCGAGCGCAAAUCUAUUCGCGACUUGAUCUCUUCUCUUCGCAAUGGUCGUCUCUAUAACCAGGCUGAGACAAUGAUCCAACACUACAAGACUCCGCUCUUGUUGAUUGAGUUUGACCAGAACAAAUCCUUCACCUUUGAUGCAUUUGCAACCAUCUCCACUGGCACAACAUUCUUGACAGACUACAGCUUCUCGUCUUCGGGGCAGGCCACUAGCUCAAGUACCAGCGCACAUACUAAUCCCUCGAACCCAAAGUCUGCACAGCACUUGCUAGUGCUGUUGACACUCGCCUUUCCACGACUGAAGAUUAUCUGGUCAUCAUCCCCGUAUCAGACGGCCGAAAUCUUUGCAGAGCUCAAAAAGAAUGCUGCGGAGCCUGAUCCUCUUCGCGCCGUUCAGAUUGGUCUGGAUAUUGAUAUCUCAGGCUCUGCCAGUGAUGUCAUGGCUGCAGCUGGCAUCGAACAUCGAACCUUUAAUCUGCUUCCGCAGGACAUGCUCCGGGCCGUGCCAGGGGUUUCACCACAAGCCCUCGACCGGCUCAUUCUUGAAACGGAGAACCUGCAUGAGAUCGCUAAUAUGAGCAUGGAGCAGCUGGAUCCACUUGUCGGAAAGGAAGCCGCCCGAAAAAUAGUUGCUUUCUUCCGGAAGAGUGUCUUUGAUGAUUGA